AUCAUCGGCAUCAUCAGGAGAAUGCAAACAAACACGCGCCGCAUGAGCCACAGCUGAUCCUGACUUGAAAAGACUUUCGUGUAAUGCUCUCGUGGUGGUGACAGACUUCCCCUUUGGUCUUGUGUAAGAAUUAUUGACAAGAUGACGGCGCCGGGUCCUCUGAGGCAAUCUGCAAAGAGAUACUUGCUGUGGUGUGCUAACGAACACAUUGAGUUUAGAAUUCCCGAAAUCAAGGCAAUCUCAUCCAUGUUCAACAUUCCACUUACAUGGAUAGACAAACCAAAGGAAGAUCCGUAUUUGGUUGUUGAAAUGAGGAAUGAGGGAGAUGCAAGAAGGCUAAUGUCUCGCUGCAUGCUGGUGCGCUCCUGCUUUGAGCUGUGGGGUCAAGGAAACACAGAGGAAGAACUCCACUCCAGCAUCAGGUCCUUUCCACUUGACUUGAUGAAGCCUCACUUAGCUCCAGAAAAGACCUUCAGAGUUCGUGUAGAAUCUUUCAACAAGACUUUAAAAAAUGCUGAGAAGCUGAAAAAAAUAGAGUCUCUGAGUUACUUACCAUUUGAGGGGAAGGUUGACCUGAAGCAUGCUACCACUUGCCUUCACCUGGUGGAGUACUAUGGCCUGCACCCCAAUGAGAUACAUCGUGGUCCUUACAAGCUGUUCUUAGGAAGAUGGGUGGUAGACGGCCAGAGGGAGCUGAUUAGUAAGUUCUCCUUAAAGAACAGAACCUACAUUGGCAGCACUUCAAUGGAUGCUCAGCUCUCCUUCAUCAUGGCUAACUUUGCACAGGUCCAGCCAGGAAGCACCAUUGUGGACCCCUUUGUUGGUACAGGCUCGGUGUUGGUGGCAGCUGCACAGUUUGGUGGACAUGCAUGGGGCUGGGACAUCGACUACCUCACUCUUCAUGCUCGCACCAAGCCCACCCGCCAUAGCCAGAAAGAACGGACAGCCGAGGAAUCCAUCCUGAGUAACUUUGAGCAGUAUGGGCUGAAGCACAAGUACCUGGAUGUUGUGGUGAUGGACAAUGCUCGGCCCUUCUGGAGAGAGGUCCCCUAUGUUGAUGCCAUCAUUACUGAUCCUCCUUAUGGUAUUCGUGAGGCAAUGGAGCGUGUUGGGAGCGUGAAGGGACCAAAGAACGCUGAGGACACAAUCAAACAGCAGUCAUCCUCCCAUCACUUCCCAUCAAAAAUGAACUACAAUCUCUCUGAUGUUUACUGUGACUUGAUCAAUUUUGCUGCCCAACACCUUGUAGUUGGUGGGCGGUUAGUUUUUUGGCUGCCUGUGUUUAGGGAGGACUAUGAUGAGAGCCACAUCCCCAGUCAUCCCUGCCUAAGAAUAGUGUUUAACUGCGAGCAAGUCCUGACAGUGCAUGCCAGCAGACGCCUCAUCACACUUGUAAAGACAAGACAUCCAGAGGAAGGAGAAGUUGCCAAGUGUCAAGUCACUGAUCUUAAUGCCAAGUUCCGAGACAAGUUCUUCCAGACGGCCUCCUUGACCAAAGAAGAGAGAGCCUCCCUUAAGUCCAUGUUUCCCCGGGAUAAGAGAGGCCAGGGCUUGGCUUACCGCCUCGGGGAACAUAAAAACAAGACAAAGGUUAUAAAGAUGGAGGCAGCAUCAGAAUGUAAUACAGGCAAUGUUACUGAAGGUAGAAAUCUCGGAACAGCGAGCACUUUAAGAGAUGAACAGAUAAAUGAAAAUAAUGACUAGUUAGAUGGAGUGUUGUAGAAAUAUUUUUUUUACUGGUGGAUACAAGAUAUUUCCUUUUAUUUUGUUUAUCUUGUCAUGGGGUCUGAUCAACUUGUGAUAAAGAUUUGUGCAUUGUUCUGUUGUGUAUUCUUACAUGGUUGAGUCAGGCUCACUGUGCUCCAUUUCUUUUUUUUAUACUUUUACUAUAUUUUCUUUUAAAAAUAUGAAAAA